UUUUCUAGUCCAACCACAGAGCUGCUCCUGGUUGACCAUGUGUUGUGUGACUGCCACCGGACGGCUGGCUGCAGACGGUGCAGGAAAACGUGCCACACAGUGACACACCAUGCAGGCAGCUCGACCAGGACCAGAGAUGUAAAGAAAAAGAUGGAUUAGGCUCGUCGUCAACAUGUUCCCGGGAGUUUUCUAUGCACUGCUGGCGGGUUUCCUCGGAGCCGUGGCUUCCUCUUCGGCCAAACUGUCCCUCGGAGCCGACUACCUGAAGGGAGUCUGUGAAACCGGACUCCGGACGUGGGGAGAGCAGAGGAAAUUCAGACAAGCGGACGAAACUACAGCCUGCGACCGGCUCCAUAUCCCUCUGAGGCUGCUCUGUGGCGGGCUGCUUUUCACCUGCAAUGCUGUGAUGUGGACCUUCCUUGCCAAAGCGCUCAGGUACUCCUCUUCCUCCACCCAAACCACUGUGACCACCACCGCCUCCAACUUCAUAUCUUCCGCUUUUCUGGGCCAGCUGAUCUUUGGCGAAGCCCAGAUAAUGUUGUGGUGGGUUGGGAUCUCCCUGACCUUCUCCGGUCUGUUGGUACUGCAGAGGGUUUCACCGCAGGAAGGGCAACAUGACACGGGCGCCAAGGACGAAUAAUAUGCCUCGUCUCCACUAGAGCUCAGCCUGGUUCCAGCUGGCUGUGUUAUGAGGUGUGUUUUGGUCGGCAUCUCCUCUGAUUUUAACAUCUAUAGCCAAAGAUUAAAUGAAAUCUUACAAGAAGAAUUUCCAGUUUUGUUGUUUAAUCGUACCCCAAUCACUAAACAAUUUUUUUCCUGAUUAACGAAAUGCUUUUCAAAAAUGCAUCCUACCUGAUAAAGAAGUAAUGCUUUAUGUUGUUGCAGUUUGUUUGCACGUAGGCUGAGAAACACUUUUUGGCUCAGCUGUGGCGCAGCAUUGUUUAGGCCUGUUCUAAAAAUCAGAGGAGAUGUUGGCCUUUAGCCAGUCUGGCCAUGGCACAGCUACAGUCCGGCUAGUGGAGACAAGCUAAUGGAUGCCUGAGCCCCAGCAGAUGCUCUUAAAUCAUCUUUGUCCCCACAGCAAUGAAACUAGCUUUACGUUACUUUUGUGUAAUUUUAUCAGUCGACAGCAGCACAACAACUUAUGAGCUAACACAACAGAUGUGCAGGAAGGGAAGAGGCUAAAAGGAAUACGUUGACAUAUUGGGAAAUACACUUAUUUGCUUUCUUGCUGAGAGUUAGACGAGAAGAUUGGUACCACUCUCUCUCUUCAGAGUGGUAUCAAUCUUCUCUUCUAAAUCUUGGCAAGAAAGGAAAUACGUACAUUUCUCAAAAACUAUUCCUUUAAAGGAAGAGACAGAUAACACAAUAUACAUAUACAAUUUGAGAAUGUGUGCUUAUUGACGGACUGAUCUGAAGUCCUUUGGGUUUUGUUCAUGAGCAACGGACAAAGAAAUGGCUAUGUGCAUGAUGUCACCGUUAUGUAUCGCGGCCGUCAGAUCACCAAAGCUUCCUUAAUUCUCACAUUUCCUUAAGUUACUCCGACACGCACUGUAAACAUCUCACACUGACGUUGCAUUUUGUGCAUGCUCGAGGCGAAGUUAUAAACGAAGAAGCACUUAGCCGACGAAGUGAACUUUUCACAAGUAAUAACACUAAUGUAGCGCCGAAAGGCUCGUCCCCGCCUCUUUCUUUUGACUUUUCAUUUGCCUUUCUUGACAGCUCAAAACCUCAAGAUAUGAGCGCGACACAUGUUUUUAAUUCAGAGGCAGCUGCUCUUCCACUUCAUGAUGUGCAUGUUGAACUCAAAAUAUCUCACACCAAAGCAUCCUGGAGUGUUAAAGUGAAGUCCCUGUGAGCUGCUUCACGUUAUUAAACUCACAAUAUUGUGACUUAAACGUCCGAACUGUCUCUCCGGUUUAAGAGACAUCACAUGGCCUCUUGAUUGCCUGUUGCGCCCUGCGUUUGCGAUCUCAUUUUAUCCCGUCCAUCAACCCAUCAUCUGUUGUCAGCGAGAGUGCAAUAACAUUAUACUUCCUUUAAAUCUCAUAACACUGUGAUGUGUGUAACAGCGAGGGAGCACUGAGCGUUAAUAAUUGAGCAUAGAAAAUUGCAAUACAUGCUGCUAGAGGGACGUUUCUGUCAUAAAUCAAGCUAAGUGAACUGCAUACAGGGGUUUGAUGUCUGAACAUGACAUGACAGGUUGCUUUAUUGAUCACACUUUGCAGUGGUUUGGAUACAUAUCAUAAUAUAAAUGCAUAACGGUAGCUACAAUACUUGUCUGUAAUAUUCCACAGCAGCAAUGCACAAAUAUAUCAGAUGUCCUUCCAGCCGCUGCUGCUGUGCAGGUUUUGUAUAUCAUGUGAUUUACAUGCAUCCCUAUUAAUGUGACUGCAGUGACAAUGUGAUUAUAUACAGCUCUCGUGUUAAAAGGCCGGCUGAGUGAUGUUUCAUAUAGCAGGGCUGGACUAACUCGACCACGCAGGAUUCUUCAGCAGCGGAGAUCACUCACAACCGCGCAGAAGUGAAUUCAGCUGUUUGUGCCUCCGUGUUGUGGAUCCUGGGUGUGUUGCAUAAUUUUUUAGGGGGGGAAAUUACGCUUCUUUGCUUUCUUGUCGAGAGUUAGAUGAGAAAAUUGAUACGACUCUCGUGUCUGUCCGAUUAAAAAUGAAACUGGAGCUAACAGACGAUUAUCUUAGCUUAGUGUAAAGACUGGAAACGGGGAAACAGCUAGCCUGGCUCUCCACAGAUAGAAGUUGGACAGUAUUGUGUGUGCGACUGAUUUAAUGAAACACAAAUAAGACAGAAGUGCUAUUAAACAGUAUAUUACUACAGCUUUUUUUACUGUUGAUGCACAGAGCAGCCAUCUUGGUCAGGGCCUUGGGGUCGGGGUCGGUGAGGUUCGACCGACUGUCCGAGUUGGAAAUCCGACUUCAGGGGGUGUUUCAACACGAGAGUGGUAUCAAUCUUCUCAUCUAACUCUCGGCAAGAAAGUAAAUAAGUGCAUUUCCCAAAAUGUUGAACUAUUCCUUUAACAUACCUUUUAAUAUCUGUAAUCUUUGCUUUUGAUUCUGAGGGGGUUUUGUUUUGGUGCCUGGCUUUUCCUCCAGUUAACGGCAUGAUAUUGAAGGUACACCAUCUACCUGUGAACCCACUCUCACUGUAAUAUAACCAGCCGGAGCUUUGCAGUAGCCACAUUUAUCGCUCUGUGACAGCCGCAUGGCCCUGAGUGUGACGUAUUUAUAUCCGUGUGCACAUAAACUGUAGAUGUGGUUGUGCAGAGAGAUUAAUAAAAACACUGAAAUACGAUGUUGACCCGACAAGGCGUGUGUGUCACAUUGACGAGUUAAUGUGCCGCACUGCAAGAAAACUAAUUUACCAGCAAUUGUUUUUGAAUCAGUAAAGUUUUGACCCAGAAUAAUGGAAAAGAGAUUUUGCAUUUGUUUGUUGGUACUCUUUAACCUAAAUUAUACGUGCAGAUCAGCUGCUGCACUGACAAAUCCAAUAUCAUGUUUAACUUUUUAACACGAAUCGAGACAGUUUGAUUAGACGGAGUGAGUGUUUGCUCUGAUAUAAAUCGUUCAUAAUGUGUCUUACAGAUUAUGUGAAAAGUGUAAAUAUAUUCUGUUAAUAGGAAACACUUUAAAAGGAUGUGUAAAUUGACAUCCUCACUGAGAGAAUUAUUAAAUAAACAUCUCAUCUGACAAACUA